GUAUAAUUUGAGCGCCGGGGCAAAAAGACCGGCAUUUUUUUUUUUUUUUUUUUGCAUCCGAUUCCAUCACUUCCGCUGCGCUUAGCGGGGCUCGUGGAAGAAACACGUGCGGUGCUGGAUGGAGCUGGUCGCUGGUUGCUAUGAACAGGUCCUUUUUGGGUUCACUGUACACCGAGAGCCCGAGGCAAGUGGCGACCACGAAAAAUGGACUCCUGUAGCUGACUUCACUCACCAUGCCCACACUGCCUCCCUGUCAGCAGUAGCUGUAAAUAGUCGUUUUGUAGUCACUGGGAGCAAAGAUGAAACAAUUCACAUUUAUGACAUGAAAAAGAAGAUAGAGCAUGGGGCUCUCGUGCAUCACAGUGGCACAAUAACUUGCCUGAAAUUCCAUGGCAACAGGCAUUUAGUCAGUGGAGCAGAAGAUGGACUCAUCUGUGUCUGGGAUGCAAAGAAAUGGGAAUGCUUGAAAUCAAUUAAAGCUCACAAAGGACAGGUGACCUUCCUUUCCAUUCAUCCAUCUGGCAAGUUGGCCUUGUCUGUCGGCACAGAUAAGACUUUAAGAACAUGGAAUCUUGUGGAAGGAAGAUCAGCAUUCAUAAAAAAUAUAAAACAAAAUGCUCACAUAGUGGAGUGGUCCCCUAGGGGAGAGAAAUAUGUAGUUAUCAUACUGAAUAAAAUAGACAUCUAUCAGCUCGACACAGCAUCCAUUAGUGGCACCAUCACAAAUGAAAAGAGAAUUUCCUCUAUUAAAUUUCUUUCAGAGUCUGUCCUUGCAGUGGCUGGAGAUGAAGAAGUUGUAAGGUUUUUUGACUGUGAUUCACUAGUAUGCCUCUGUGAAUUUAAAACUCAUGAAAACAGGGUAAAAGACAUGUUCAGUUUUGAAAUUCCAGAGCAUCAAGUUAUUGCUACAGCAUCAAGUGAUGGUUUCAUUAAAAUGUGGAGGGUGAAGCAGGAUAAGAAAGUUCCCCCAUCUUUACUCUGUGAGGUAAACACCAAUGCCAGGCUGACAUGUCUUGGAGUAUGGCUAGACAAAGUGCCAGACAGGAAAGCAAGCCUUCCUCCAGCUGCAGAGCCUGCUGUAAGUAAAGAAGACCAGUCCAAAAUCAGCAAAAAGGAAUCUGGAGACUUAGUGCAGGAAGAAGAAAAACAGUCAAAACCUAACACAAAAAAACGUGGGUUAACUGGUGAUAGUAAUAAACAAACAAAAGGAAAUAACCUGGUAUCGACCAAGAAGAGGAAAAUGGUAUAGAAUGUUGGAAAAGCAGAGAAAAAAGAAGAAAAUAUAAAUGAUGUCCUGAAUCCCAGAUACCAUCUACAAGAACUCCUUUUAGAUGGAAUCAUUAUUUUCAAAUAUGCCUAAAUAGUUUUUUCUGAGUAAAAGCAAGGAAUUUCUUUUAGAGGAAAAAGUUAAAACCACUUUCAAGUGUAUUUUUAAAAAAUUUUAACAGUGGUGUCAGAUGCAGUGGCACACACCUAUAAUCCCGCAC